AGUACUUCUUUUACAUUCCAAACCCUAAUUUUCUCACACAUCUUUUUAACCCUAAAAAAACAUCCUUUUCUUCACACGAAUCUAAAAAAUCAAAACUUAAAAUCAAGAUCCAAAAUUCCAUUAAAAUCUUUUCCAUUUUGUUGAACCAGCAUGAGCCCUGUUUUCCAAAUUUAACAAAGGUAGACGAUUGCUACUUUGAGUUCAUCUGAUGGGUGCUCCUAAGCAGAAAUGGACAAGUGAAGAAGAAGCAGCUCUGAAAGCUGGAGUCGUUAAGCACGGGGCAGGAAAAUGGCGUACCAUUCUUAAAGAUCCUGAAUUUAGCGGUGUGUUGUACCUGCGCUCAAAUGUAGAUCUUAAGGACAAAUGGAGGAACAUGAGCGUAAUGGCUAAUGGAUGGGGAUCCCGGGAGAAGGCUAGGUUAGCUCUAAAAAGAGUGCAACAUGGCACUAAGGAUGACAACUCUAUGGCACACGCAAACGCAGAUGACACUGAUGAAGACUCAGGUGAUACCAGGCCUCUACCAUCUUCUAGUAGCUCUCCACAUCUUGGUCGUUCGAAAGGGUCUAUGAUAAGGUUGGACAACCUUAUAUUGGAGGCCAUCAGCAACUUGAAGGAGCCUGGUGGCUCUAACAAGACUACAAUAGGCACAUACAUAGAGGAUCAAUAUUGGGCACCUCCAAAUUUUAAGAGACUUCUGUCAAUGAAAUUAAAAUAUCUGACUCAAACUGGUAAACUUUUCAAGGCAAAACGCAAAUACAGAAUUCCGUUAGCAAAGGUAGUACCGGAGAAGAAAAAUAUUCCAACCAUGUUACGUAUUGAAGGAAGGCAGGCCGGUUCAUCUCCUAUGAGGGUAGAUAAGAAAGAUGAAUUGAGUGUUCCUACAAAAGGUAAAAUUGAUUUAGAAUUACAGAAGAUGAAGAGUAUGACUCAACAGGAAGCAGCUGCAGCUGCGGCGCAAGCGGUUGCAGAGGCAGAAGCUGCCAUUGCAGAAGCAGAAGAGGCAGCAAGGGAGGCAGAGGCAGCCGAGGCUGAUGCAGAAGCGGCUCAGGCAUUUGCAGAUGCUGCAAUGAAGACACUCAAAGGGAGAACUGCACAAAGGCUGAUGAUUCGUGCUUGAUGUUAACGGGCAUUUAGAAAAGUUUCUGCUAUACAUAUUGUUGGAUGAACUUUGCAGCUGUAAAUAUCGUUUGGUCAUAGUUUGUUAAACCAGAAUUCUUCAACUGGUAAAUUAACAUUUGGUUGAUAGUUUAUUUUUGGUAGAGUAAGAUAGAAUAAAAACUACUUGAAGCUGCUGGUUGCCAGCAUUAUUUUGAUUUUAUGCUA